GUUUUCGUCAUCGAGACUACAACAUCAACAGUAUUCAAAUCUAGGUCUGGUGCACUGUACGAGCUACUAGAUGGCAUUGCUUUCUACGAAAAAUUGGGGCAAUGGAAAGGAUUUCUGGGGAAUGAAUUGGCAGUACGAUCCACAAUGGAUAUUGAACGAGGAACAAAAGGAAAUACAGCUGAAACUAAUAGAAUGCUGUCGUACACUAAUCAGACCCAACGCAGCAAUAUGCGAUGAUACUUAUACAUUUCCAAGGAAGAGCAUGGAUGCCUUGGCUUCUCUUGGUCUUUUGGGACUUAUCGUGCCUAAAGAGUUUGGUGGCCUGGGACAGAGUCACGUGUGUGCAGCAAUGGUCGUGGAGACAAUAGCACGAUAUGGUUGUUCAAGCACUGCAAUGGUCUAUGUUAUGCAUUUAGGUGCAGUCGCUUCUUUGCUAUUCCGACAUCACAAUAACAAAACAAUCCAAGAUCUGCUGAGAAGACUUGACAGUGACAAGUUGAUUGGCACCCUGGUGUUCAGUGACCCCGCGACAGGCGGACAUAAUUGGUUUCCAUUCAACUCCAAAGCUAAGCAAUAUGAUGACGGCACCAUUCAAGUUUUACGUCACGGUGCUUGGGUAACAAGCGCUGGAUUUGCAGAUUUCUACGUUGUUGAAAGUACAAGUCCAUCAUUCGGAGGAGACUAUAUGAAUCUGAGUCUGUUUCUUAUGUUUAAGAACGAAGUGCGUUCCAGCACCGAUGACUGGUCAGCGUUGGGCAUGCGCGGUAACCAGUCUAGCCCUGUUGUUUGUGAAGGUCUAUUGUCACCAGACAGACUUGUUGGUUCCUUUGGUGAAUUUCCAUUAGCUGCACAUGAAGUCAUCGACCCAUACUUCCUACUAUUCAGCUCGGCCUGUUGGAACGGAAUUUCCCUGGGUUCUAUGGAUAUUGCCAAAAAACACGUGAUUAGAACAGAACAUGUCGAUAAGGGGAUGCGCGUGGCGGACUAUCCAGUUAUACAGGACUACUUUGGAAGAUCCCUUACAGAAACCAACUGCAGCCGUAUGAUGCUGUUCAGUGUGGCACAAGCCAUGGAUCGAGUGACCAAUGAUAACGACUGGUCCAUAUAUGAACAACCGUUCAUGGCACCUAUUCGCGGUCAGUUCCAUCAUUGGUGUUUUCAAGUCAAAAUCAAGGCAGCUUCUAACGUUGAUGCCGUCACAAAUGAAAUGAUGCACGCCUGUGGUGGAGUUGGAUAUAAGAAAGAACUUGGUCUGGAACGCCUUCUCCGGGAUGGCAAAGCAGGAUGGUUAAUGGGCGCCAGUAACGAGGUGCUCAGACAAAUUGUUGGAAAAACGAGCCUGUUUGGGCUGGAAGUCUUGGACCUCUGGGGGAAGGUUUCUGAUACACGUGUGCUUAAUUCAGAACUGAGGAAGCUAAGUGCAGAAGAAAAGAAAGAACUGGCGCGCAAACUUCUCAUUGAAGCCAGUAAUGAAGACAACGAUUUCAACCACAACAUCGAGCUUCAGAAUUCUUACCAAGACUCGGAGUUUGAAAAUCCAUUCAACACCAGUCCUCCAACUAUGUUGAAAUCUCUGGACAUAGAUGACGAGUUGUCUCGCAACCCUUCUCUCAGACCAAACGAGUUCACCGCCCUGAAACUACACUCAGUAAAACCUCUCGGGGAAACGCUUGCCGAGUACACAUUUUCUCUUCCCCAGGCUACAGACUUCACUGGAUGCUUCCCUGGUCAAUACGUCCUGGUGAGGAUUGGGAAACAUCAGAGGUUUCUCUCCCCUGUAUCACGCGCAAAAGAAUUGGGCAAAAUUUCGCUCUUGUUGAAACAUGAGACCAAUGGAAUAUUCUCCAACUGCAUCCGUGCUCUUCAAAUUGGUGAUACCGCAGAUUUUCGCGGACCUUGCGGUGGAUACGAGUAUCAGCCUAAUUCUACCAAGUAUUUGACUCUGGUGGUGGGAGGUAUGUCCUGCCAGCCUGCUGUUCAGAUUAUACGUGAAAUAAUGGCUAAUCCUAAAGACCAGACCUCUGUAACCCUGGUCCUCUGUGCCGCCAGACCAGCUGAUAUACCUUACCUCCAAGAAUUGCAGAAAUACGCCUUACAUGACAAACGUCUUACAGCUUCAUUCACGGUGUUUGAAGUCGACUGUGAUGAUUGGAAGGGAGGAGAAGGUUAUAUUGAUGCAAAGUUUUUGUCUAGUACCCUUCCCCUCCCAGAAGAGUCUAGCCAUCGUGUGGCUGUGUGCGGAGGGCCCCGUAUGGUCCUGGGAGUACUUCAGGGGCUCAGAACGCUGGGUUACUCAAGUGACAAGAUCUUUGUGUACGGUCAGUUUGGGGUCCAACAAAUCAGGGCUGUUUAUGGAAAACAUGCAAAGCUGGCAGAGCAUAGGGAGACUCACAUUAUCAACGGAUAUCAUUAAUCAAACGUCUUCAUACGGAUUACCAGAAAAUAAGCCUGCGUCUGCAUGCUUAUGAUUGGAGAAGUAAACUUCGCCCUUGACCAAAUAGGAUACCAUGAUAUUUCAAGCUUCUUACAUCUCUUACUGUACGGUGACACAUCGAGAAACCCUCUUUUAGGCUGAGAACAAUUGAUUGUUCCCAUCGGAUCGACUAGAACUGAACUCGAAAAUUAACUGUGAAAAUUUAGGGUCAAGUUUGUGCAAAGAUUAACAAUUUUGCAUGAUUGGCGCGACUGACUAACGAAAAACGGUUACGAUUUUGACUACAUAGAUCGUAUUCAUUAUCACCAAAUGCUUGAGAACGGAUGCUCCUUACCUUUAACCCCUUUUCAACUGGUCAAAACAAGUUUGUAAAUAUGUUGGUCAAAUGAUAUGACCCUACAUUAAUCCAUGACAUAUAUAUCAAUAAAUGUACCUUGAACACGA